UGGGCACACCCUCAGAUUUCCUUGAGCACCAUGAGAAACAGAAGAAAUGGCACCUUAGAGAGCACCAGGGCUCUAUGUUCCAGUAUAUCUCGCAGUACAGAUGUUUCAUACAGUGACAGUGAUUUGUUCAACUUUAUUCAAGAACAUUUUAAGAAGAGAGAAUGUGUCUUCUUCACCAAGGAUCCCAAGUCCAUGGACAACAUAUGUAAAUGUGGUUAUGCUCAAAGUCAGCAUAUAGAGGGCACUCAGAUUAACCAAACUGAGAAGUGGAAUUAUAAGAAGCACACCAAGGAAUUUCCUACUGAUGCCUUUGGGGAUAUUCAAUUUGAAACCUUGGGAAAGAAAGGAAAGUACAUCCGCUUAUCGUGUGACACGGACUCAGAGACCCUCUAUGAACUGAUGACCCAGCACUGGCACCUGAAAACACCCAACCUUAUUAUCUCAGUGACAGGAGGAGCUAAAAAUUUUGCCCUGAAGCCACGUAUGCGCAAGAUAUUCAGCCGGCUCAUCUACAUCGCUCAGUCUAAAGGGGCAUGGAUCCUGACAGGCGGGACUCACUACGGCCUGAUGAAGUACAUUGGAGAAGUGGUGAGAGAUAACACUAUUAGCAGGAACUCAGAAGAGAACGUAGUGGCUAUUGGCAUAGCGGCGUGGGGAAUGAUCUCCAAUCGGGACACCCUAAUCAGACACAGUGAUUCUGAGGAAUAUUUUUCUGCCCAAUAUAUUAUGGAUGACUUCAAGAGAGAUCCAUUGUAUUGCCUGGACAAUAACCACACUCAUUUACUGCUGGUUGAUAAUGGCUGCCACGGCCACCCAACAGUGGAAGCUAAGCUGCGGAAUCAGUUAGAGAAAUACAUUUCGGAGCGAGCUAUCCAAGAUUCAAAUUAUGGGGGCAAGAUUCCAAUUGUGUGCUUUGCGCAAGGAGGUGGAAAAGAAACUUUGAAGGCCAUCAAUAUCGCUGUAAAAAGUAAAAUUCCCUGUGUGGUGGUGGAAGGCUCCGGCCAGAUUGCUGAUGUGAUAGCGAGUCUGGUUGAGGCAGAAGAUCCCCUGGCAUCUUCAACGGUCAAGGAGAAGCUCUUGAGGUUUUUGCCCCGGACUGUUUCCCGACUACCAGAGGAAGAGACCGAAAGCUGGAUCAAAUGGCUCAAAGAAAUCCUUGAAAACCCUCACCUACUGACAGUUAUCAAAAUGGAAGAAGCUGGUGAUGAAAUUGUAAGCAGUGCAAUUUCCUAUGCCCUGUAUAAAGCCUUCAGUACCAAUGAGCAGGAUAAGGAUAACUGGAAUGGACAGCUGAAAUUGUUGCUGGAGUGGAACCAGUUGGAUCUAGCCAAUGAUGAAAUCUUCACCAAUGACCGCCGGUGGGAGUCUGCUGACCUCCAAGAUGUCAUGUUUACAGCCCUAGUAAAGGACAGGCCAAAAUUUGUUCGCCUUUUUCUAGAAAAUGGAUUGAACCUAAGGAAAUUUCUCACGAAUGAAGUCCUCACAGAGCUUUUCUCCAACAAUUUCAGUUGCCUAGUCUACAAGAACCUGCAUAUUGCUAAGAAUUCAUACAAUGAUGCCCUUCUCACUUUUGUCUGGAAGAUGGUGGCAAACUUUCGAAGAGGUGCAAGAAAGGAUGACAGAAAUAGCAAGGAUGAUGUGGAGAUACAGCUUCAUGAUGUAUCUCCUAUCACAAGGCACCCUCUACAAGCUCUGUUCAUCUGGGCAAUUCUUCAGAACAAGAGGGAGUUGUCAAACGUCAUCUGGGAACAGACCCGGGGCUGCACCCUGGCUGCCCUGGGAGCCAGUAAGCUCCUGAAAACCCUGGCCAAAGUGAAGAAUGACAUUAACGCUGCAGGGGAGUCUGAGGAACUGGCCAAUGAAUAUGAAACAAGAGCAGUAGAGCUGUUCACUGAGUGUUAUAGCAGCGAUGAGGAGUUGGCAGAACAGCUAUUGGUCUAUUCCUGCGAAGCCUGGGGCGGAAGCAAUUGCUUGGAACUAGCUGUGGAAGCCAGGGAUCAACAAUUCAUUGCCCAGCCCGGGGUCCAGAAUUUCCUUUCUAAGCAAUGGUAUGGAGAAAUUUCACGAGACACAAAAAACUGGAAGAUUAUAAUGUGCCUGUUCCUAGUGCCAUUAAUUGGAUGUGGCUUCAUCUCAUUCAGGAAAAAGCCCAUUGACAAGACUAAAAAGGUCUUCUGGUAUUAUGUAGCCUUCUUCACCUCGCCUUUCGUGGUCUUUUCUUGGAAUGUGGUCUUCUACAUCGCUUUCCUUCUGCUUUUUGCCUAUGUGCUCCUCAUGGAUUUUCACUCCGUGCCUCAUACACCAGAACUGAUACUCUACGUGCUGGUCUUCGUCCUGCUUUGUGAUGAAGUGAGACAAUGGUAUAUGAAUGGAGCUAAAUAUUUUGCCGAUCUCUGGAAUGUUAUGGAUACUCUUGGAAUUUUUUACUUCAUAGCUGGGAUUGUAUUCAGACUGCACUCUUCUGAUAAAAGCUCUUUGUAUUCUGGACGAGUCAUUUUUUGCCUGGACUACAUUAUUUUCACUCUAAGGCUGAUCCAUAUUUUCACAGUGAGCAGAAAUUUAGGACCCAAGAUCAUUAUGUUGCAAAGGAUGCUAAUAGAUGUCUUCUUCUUCCUCUUCCUCUUCGCGGUGUGGAUGGUGGCAUUUGGGGUGGCCAGGCAGGGCAUCCUGCGGCAUAAUGAACAACGCUGGGAGUGGAUAUUCCGAUCUGUGAUCUAUGAACCUUACCUGGCUAUGUUCGGCCAAUAUCCCAGUGAUGUCGAUGGCACAACUUAUACAUUUGACCACUGCACCUUCACUGGGAAUGAAUCCAAGCCUCUGUGUGUAGAGAUAGAUGAAGACAAACUACCCCGCUUCCCCCAGUGGAUCACCAUUCCCCUGGUCUGUAUCUACAUGCUCUCUACAAACAUCCUGCUAGUGAACCUGUUGAUUGCCAUGUUUGGUUAUACCGUGGGAACUGUGCAAGAAAAUAAUGACCAAGUGUGGAAAUUCCAAAGGUAUUUUCUGAUCCAGGAAUACUGCAGUCGGUUGAAUAUUCCAUUUCCCUUUGUGGUUUUUGCUUACUUCUACAUGGUGGUGAAAAAACUUUUCAAGUGUUGCUGCAAGACAGAUCACAAAGAGCCAUCUGCAUGUUGUUUCAAGAAUGAAGACAAUGAGACUCUGUCCUGGGAGGCUGUCAUGAAGGAAAAUUACCUUGUCAAAAUCAAUACCAAAGCAAACGACUCAACGGAAGAAGUAAGGCAUCGGUUUAGACAACUGGAUAUGAAGUUGAAUGAUCUCAAAGGCCUCCUGAAAGAAAUUGCUAAUAAAAUCAAAUAAAAUCAUAUGGAAAUCUAGAAAAAAAGCUAAUUCUAGUUUGGUUCUAAUUACUAAAAGGAAAUCCUUUGGUGACCAUCACCUGUGAAAGAUCCUGGAAACAUUCACCAUUCACCAUCCAAGAAGAGAGUUAAAAUCUUGGUAUAUUAUUAGUGAGAAUGUUGUACGUUCUAUGUUAUGGGUAAGAGUUUUAAAUCACUCAUGUUUUGACAUCUCAAAA